AUGAUCUCUCGAUUUACAACGAGUUUCCUUUUAUGGAUGCUUCUGGUGUUCACAGUGGUAUUCUUCGAAACUUCUGCGGCCUCUGACAAAGUUCUUCUUCGCGAUGUAUCAGCAAUUACUCUACACAAAGGAAAAAUGACGACAGGACGACGAGUUUCUCCAACCUUCCAGUUGAAGUGUGUCGGUGGAUCCGCGAAAGGUGCCUUCACCCCAAAGGUGGUUCAGUGUGCAAAUCAAGGUUUUGAUGGUUCGGAUGUGCAGUGGAGAUGUGAUGCAGAUUUGCCACAUGAUAUGGAAUUCGGAUCCAUCAGUGUUUCAUGUGAAGGAUACGAUUACGCAGAGGAUCCAUACAUCCUGAGAGGAUCUUGCGGGUUGGAGUAUGAGCUCGAGUACAAUUCUGCGAGCGGUAACAGAUCAGUUUCUCGAAAGUCAUCCCAGGAUCGAUGGGAUCAGUUCGCCACGUUCGUCGUCGUCGCCUUCAUCGCCUACAUUAUCUACGCGAUGUGGACUAACAGAAAUCAGAACCCAGAAAGCUCUGGCUACACUUCUGGUGGAUCAGGAGGUCCUGGAGGCCCAGGAUCCGGCGGAGGAGGUGGUGGUCCAGGUGGUUAUCCAAGUGCUCCUCCACCAUAUGACGACUACUCCAAGCCACCGCCAUAUGGGUUCCGUGGUGACUCGCAAUCUGGAGGUGGAUGUCAGGGAAGUUCUAGCGGAGGAGCAAGUGGCAGUGGCGCCAACAAUGGUGGAUCGUUUUGGACUGGAGCAAGUCUAGGAGCCAUUGGAGGAUACCUGGCAUCCAGCUUCCUCAACAAUAACAAUGCCUACGCCCGUCCACGAUACAACAGAGGAUUCUUCCAAGACACAGGCUUCUCAAGUUCCGAUUCCUGGUCAUCACCUUCUACUUCAUCAAUGCGCUCAAGUUCUGGUUACGGUGGCACCACGAGACGAUAGUUUCCUUAUUGAGAUCCAAGAAGUACGGGUGCAAACAAAACUAGUUUUGCUUUUUCUUUGUCUUGUCCAUCUUUUCGAUAAAAUCGAAUGUACAUUAGCUAGUUUAAAAAUCGUCGUUCCGUUUAUUAUCUGGCAUUGCACUAACGAAUAAAGUUAUAAUAAU